UGAUUGGCCAGAGUUGUGGGGGCAGUAAAACAGGAGGGGAUUCAUGAAAGCUAAUUUCCGCUGUAUGUUGUUUGACAGUCAGUGACGAUUGACGGGAGUCCAUCAGCUCAGUGGCCGUUGAUGGACCAUCCCUAUGAAGAAACAGUGUUACAAUGGGACAGAGUACCUCGGAACAAGAGGUCCAAAGAGACCCCCCGGAGGACGGGUUUAAUAAUAUCAAGACAUUUGUGGAGGAGGAACUACAGACGAGUAUGAUGGUGGGGAUGGUGAUUGGUGCGGGCAUCGCCAUAGUCCUCAUCGCCAUCCUCAUCUUCUUCAUCUUGCGGAGGAUCCAGCUUCGAAACUUAGAAGCUCAAGAGGCACCCAAAUACCGCUUUCGCAAGAGGGACAAAGUCAUGUUCUACGGGCGAAAGAUCAUGCGCAAAGUCUCACAGUCUACCUCUUCCCUGGUGGGUACGUCCUCUUCCUCUCGGCCACGCUUAAAGAAGAAGCAGAAGAUGCUCAACAUUGCCAAAAAGAUCCUGCGCUUUAAGAAGGAAGUGCCCACCCUGCAGGCCAAGGAGCCCCCUCCAUCAGUGCUGGAGGCUGACCUCACCGAGUUUGAUGUGGCCAACUCCCACCUCCCCUCUGAGGUGCUCUACAUGCUCAAAAAUGUCCGUGUGCUGGGUCACUUUGAGAAGCCCCUCUUCCUGGAGCUGUGUAAACACAUGGUGUUUGUGCAAUUCCAACAAGGGGAGUAUGUCUUCAGGCCGGGCCAGCCUGACAGCAGCAUCUAUGUGGUUCAGGAUGGAAAACUAGAACUGUGCCUUACUGGAGCGGAUGGUAAAGAAAGUGUGGUGAAGGAGGUUUACCCAGGAGACAGUGUACACAGCCUCCUCAGCAUCCUGGAUGUUAUCACAGGCCACCAGAAGCCUUACAGAACGGUGUCAGCACGGGCUGCAGAGGUUUCCACUGUUCUCCGUUUACCUGUAGAAGCCUUCCUCUCUAUAUUUGAGAAGUACCCUGAGAGCCUGGUGCGGGUAGUACAGAUUAUCAUGGUUCGUCUUCAAAGAGUAACAGUCCUCGCCCUGCACAACUAUCUGGGGCUCACCAAUGAGCUCUUCAGCCAUGAAAUGCAGCCCACGCGUCUGCCACCUCCGUCUCCCCACCCCACUCGCACCAGUCCCAUCCGCCAUGGCAAGCGUUUCGGCAGCCUGACAGUGACUGAGGAGCAACGGGAAGCUGCCAUUAAGGGUGAAGUGACAGGCGGGGAACAAGGGAAGGAUGGAUCAACAGUGCCAACUCUUAGCAGGACCAUCUCCAUGCCUGUGGACAUUGCUGGUAUACAGAAAAGUCUGCGAUCAGACUUUGACAUGGCAUAUGAAAGGGGACGGAUAUCUGUCUCUGCAGAGGAUGGCAACACUCCUCCUACUUUUUCUCGGUCUAUAUCCCAGGACCAGCGGGAGAGGAAGGUGACAGUAGAUGAGGUUCCUUCAGGGAUCUAUCUGUAUCCAGAGGAAGAAUCAGGAGUGGAUAAUAUUUUCACACCUGUGUCCAGUCGAUCUAGUGCUGCUCUGUUUGAGGAAGCUCAGAAAGAGAUCCUCAAACUCAUGCGGAUUGAGGACCCAUCCUUGUUAAAUGGGAGAGUGACUCUGCACCAUGCGAAAGCUGGAGCUGUCUUAGCCAGGCAGGGAGACCAGGACGUGAGUCUGCACUUUGUCCUGUCUGGUUGUCUGCAUGUCUACCAGCGGAUGAUUAACAAGCAGGAGGCCGUCUGCUUGUUUGUGACCCACCAAGGGGAGAUGGUGGGUCAGCUCGCAGUACUCACUGGAGAGCCCCUCAUCUUCACCAUCAAGGCCAUCCGAGACUGUACUUACCUCAAGAUCUCAAAGUCGAAUUUCUACGAGAUCAUGAGGGAGCAGCCCAGUGUGGUACUGAGUGCUGCACACACGGUGGCCAUCCGCAUGUCCCCUUUUGUCAGGCAGAUGGACUUUGCUAUCGACUGGAUGGCUGUUGAGGCUGGUAGAGCCCUCUACAGACAGGACGAUCAGUCAGACUGCACCUACAUUGUUCUGAAUGGACGUCUGCGUUCAGUCAUCCGCAAGGCGAAUGGCAAGAAAGAGCUAAUUGGGGAAUACGGCAGAGGAGACCUCAUCGGAGUGGUGGAGGCCUUGACCAGACAGCCAAGAGCCACCACUGUCCACGCUGUGAGAGACACAGAGCUGGUCAAACUGCCUGAGGGAACGCUCAACAACAUCAAAAGACGGUAUCCCCAGGUGGUAACAAGGUUGAUCCACUUGUUAGGCCAGAAGAUUCUGGGGAACCUGCAGCAUGGUCGUGGGCCUUUCUCAGGUUCAGCCCUGAGUCUGCCCAGUAUGACAACCAGUGCUGAUGUCACCAACCCCGCCAGCAACCUCUCCACUGUCGCUGUCCUGCCUGUGUGUGAUGAGGUGCCAAUCAACGCGUUCAACCUGGAGCUCUGCCAUGCCCUCAGUGCCAUCGGACCCACUUUGCUAUUAACCAGUGACAUGAUCAGAGAGCGACUGGGUGCUUCUGCUUUGGACAGUAUCCAUGAGUACCGCCUCUCUGGCUGGCUGGCCCAGCAGGAGGACAUCAAUCGGAUUGUCCUAUACCAGACUGACAACAGCAUGACCCCUUGGACUCAGCGCUGCAUCCGCCAGGCUGACUGCAUCCUCAUCGUUGGCCUGGGGGACCAGGAGCCCACCCUGGGAGAGUUGGAGCAGAUGCUAGAGAACACAGCAGUUCGGGCUCUGAAGCAGCUGGUCCUUCUGCACAAAGAGGAUGGGCCAGGCCCCUCCAGGACGGUCGAGUGGCUCAAUAUGCGUAGCUGGUGCUCCGGGCAUCUGCACCUCAAGUGUCCCCGCAGGGUCUUCUCCAGACGCAGCCAGAGCAAACUAAGGGAGGUAUACGAGAAGGUGUUUGAGAAAACGGCAGACAGGCACAGUGAUUUUUCUCGGCUGGCCCGAGUCCUGACAGGGAACAGCAUCGCCCUGGUCCUGGGAGGAGGUGGAGCCAGAGGCUGCUCUCAUGUGGGUGUGAUCAAAGCUAUGGAGGAAGCGGGGAUUCCUAUUGACAUAGUGGGAGGGACCUCAAUCGGCUCAUUCAUUGGUGCACUGUAUGCUGAAGAGAGGAGUGCCGUCAGAACCAAACAGAGAGCCAGAGAGUGGUCCAAGGCAAUGAACUCCGUAUUUAAAACAGUCCUGGAUCUCACCUAUCCCAUCACCUCGAUGUUCUCGGGUUCUGCCUUCAACACCAGCAUCUAUAAAGUGUUCCAGGACAAACAAGCUGAGGACCUGUGGCUGCCAUACUUCAACGUCACCACUGACAUCACAGCCUCAGCCAUGCGUGUUCACCAGGAUGGCUCUCUGUGGCGCUAUGUACGAGCGAGCAUGACCCUCUCGGGUUAUCUGCCGCCUCUCUGCGACCCCAAAGAUGGCAACUUGCUAAUGGAUGGUGGCUACAUCAACAACCUGCCAGCGGACAUUGCAAGGAAUAUGGGUGCCAGAACAGUCAUUGCCAUCGACGUGGGUAGCCAAGAUGAGACUGACCUCUGUAACUAUGGCGACAGCCUGUCUGGCUGGUGGUUGCUGUGGAAACGGAUCAAUCCCUGGGCAGAGAAAGUAAAGGUGCCAGACAUGGCAGAAAUCCAGUCUCGGCUGGCCUAUGUGUCUUGUGUGCGGCAGUUGGAGGUGGUGAAGAAGAGUGCCUACUGCGAGUACAUCAGACCACCCAUCGACCGCUUCAAGACCAUGGACUUCGGCAAGUUUGACGAGAUCUAUGAUGUGGGCUUCCAGCACGGCAAGUUGGUGUUUACUGGCUGGGCCCGUGGGGACAUCAUUGAGAACAUGCUGAAGGACCACCGCUCAGCCGACUACAACAACAGCAAGAGAACUGAUUCUUGCACGUGUCCAGGAGCUGACUUCACUGACCUUGCAGAGAUUGUAUCCAGGAUAGAGCCAGUUCAAAGCUAUGUAGCUGCAGAAGCAGAGGAGUCAGACUGUCUGACAGAGUAUGAGGAAGACGGGAUGGACACAGUGAGAGAGGAGGAGGGGGAGGAAGAGGAGGAGGAGGCAGAGGACCCUGAAGACCAUUCCCCUGGAGAGUGGGGCCAGAAUGGAGUCUUUCAGACAGAUGAGGAGAAAUCAGUGAGACAACGCAGAAAAUUCACCAGUGACACCUCAGAAGUCUCUGACUGCUGACAGAGGGCCACGGAGGAGUAGAAGGAGUUUAAACAAGAACAAGGGCCAAAUUCCGGGUCCAUAGACUGUCGGGGAUAAAGACCUGGAUGCUGCACUCAGCUCCUGCAACUUUUGAAAAACUGUUGUUCUCCUGGAUGAAAGCACCGUUCAUCCUCUAAAAAAGUUGGACCUUCUUCGCAUAAAGUGGCUUCCUCCUCACUCUCACUCUGGCUUCAUUGGUUCACAUUUCAAAAACGACUACUAUGUGCAGUCCCAAAUAAGCAGGUCUCCCCCACCCAACUUUCGCACCAGACUGACCCAUUGCUAGAACCCCUGCCUGCCAACUCCCAAACCUCCCAAAAGCGGGACUCCCCCAGUAACCAACACAACAAAACAGGGACAUUUUAAACUUCCAUUUCACUCUCCUGUCCUCAGUUUCAAAUGGCCAGAAGGACCCCGCCUACAUUUCGCGUCUUUGUAUGUUUCCAAUGUCGGGAUACCUUCUUUGCACUCCAUUAUUGAUGUUUUGACGUACUUAUGGUCCAUUCAUUUCUUGUGUAUGCUUGUUCAGAUGAGUGUGUAUAUGUUGCGUCUGUGUGUUAGGAUGAUAGAUAUGCAAAGCUGUGAUUUGUUGAAGUAGUACCAGGACACUGAAAAGAAAAGUUAGAAAUACAUACUCUAGAGCUGUAGCUAGUAAGAGUUAUGUACGUUAAGCAUAGAUGUCAAGUUGGGAGUCAGGUAAAGGGGAAGCUGUAGGAGGAAUAGAUGUUCAUAUAGACACCAAAGUAGACUUGAAUGAACAGAACUGGACCGGUGCUCAGCAGCAGGACGAGGAUGGAUUAUUAAACAGAAAGACACAUAAGUGAAUACUGUAGAAAGUUUUGAAAUGUGGAUUCAUAAAAGUGUGUAGACAAGAAAGGAGAUGGACCAGUGAGGAAAGUGUUAUUUUAAUUUCAUUUUUAUCUAAAAUUCACUGAACUGAACAGAGGAUGGGGAAAUCGAGAUGAAAAUUAGGAAUGAAUGAGAUUAUUUCAGUGAGUGGAUGACAUUGUGUCUGCGUGUUUUGAAAUGUUGUGUUUCAGCUGUUUUGUUAGAGAUAAAGACGAUGCCUUUUUCAACAAGUGUUUGAUCCACUCACAAUGAACAGUGACUGUGGAGAAGAAAGUGAUCAUCUGACUGACACUACACAAAAAAACCAGUGUGAGACCGCCUCUGCUUGCAACGUGCACAUACAGUGCUCAAGGUUCUUGCGUAUGGUGAACAAGAAGUGCAGAUGACAGUGCUGACUGUACAGUAAUGAAAAUCCUUAAAGACUAGCCAACAAAUGAUUGUCAAAAAAUAAGUAAUUUUGACGUGGAUAAUACGCAGAAACCCUGAGUAAUCCUUACCUUCAAAUGGGCAUAAACACACCUCGUGUAAUUAUUAACACUUAAUUAAUAUGGACCUCUUGUAGAAAUUGUAACAAGAUUAUAUUAUAAUAAACACUGUUGAUAUUCAUAUAUGUAUAUGAGGUGAACAUUUGUAAGUUGAUGCUUUGCUGCAAAACAAGGGAAUCUAGACCUAAACAAAAAGUUUUCUUCUCUUAAAAUCCAUUCUGUUUUAUUUAUACGUAACUACUGGCUUUCUAAUUAUGAAUUUUCUUUUUUUUAUUAUUAUUUGGGGGUGAGGGAUGUCUUAUUUUAAUUAACUUUGCUUUAGCUGUUUUGCACUGAAAUAUUUGAAGUUUUCCUUGCUCAGAAGAUGCCAAGGGACCCUCAAGAAUAGAAAGAGAGAUGAUGAUUUAAUAUGCAUAUUGGAAAAUAAAUAUAAUAUGCAUCAUG